AUGCCCGUCCAGUCGCCGCCGCCCACCCUCCCGAUCGAGGAGGACAUCAUGCAGCUGGCGCGCCUGGGCGAGAUUGGCGCCAUCCAGAAGCUGUUCGACACCGGCAAGUACGAUGCGACUUUCCGCGACGAACAGGGCAUUACGCCUUUACAUUGGGCCGCCAUAAACAACCAUUACGCUCUCUGCCAUUUCCUCAUCACCUCCGGCGCCGACGUCAACGCACGGGGCGGCGAUGCCGUCGCGACUCCCGUCCUGUGGGCCGCAAAGCGCUGCAACUACUACAUCGUCGCUCUUCUCCUCUCCAAGGGCGCGAAUCCGCUUCUCACCGAUGACCAAGGCUUCAACCUCCUCCACAGCGCCACCCUCGAUGGCAACGUCUUCCAGCUCGUCCUACUCCUGCACCAAGACCUCCCGGUGGACAUUGCCGAUGCGCAAGGCCAUACAGCCCUCAUGUGGGCGGCAUACAAGGGCUUCCCUGCCGUCGUGGAAGUUUUGGUGAGGUGGGGCGCAAACGUCUAUGCGAAGGAUGACCAGGGAUUCACGGCGCUACACUGGGCAUUGGUGAAAGGCAGCGUGGGCUGCAUACAGAAGCUAUUGGAGUAUGGCUCCGAUCGGUUCGCAGAGAACUUUGAGGGCAAGACCCCGGCUAUCACGGCGCAGGACAUGAACUCGUCACGGCAGUGGCAGAAGGCUCUCGCGGAUACGGGAUACAAUCCGGACGCCACACCAAAGAACUUUCCGCUGCAGAGCAUCGUCAAGGAUAGGAGGACGUUCCUGAACCGGUUCUUUUUUAUUUGGCCUGCGUUUAUGCUCAUUUGCGGCUUUUACAUUCUCAGUCACAUGGUCAUCUACGUGGCUAUUCCGCUUGCACUGGCUACGGCAUACGUGCUGCAAUGGGUGGCUCAGCAAUUGCUGAGAUGGGCUCCCAGCGACAUGAAACACGUGCACAAGACACCUUUUCUCGCCGGAGUCUUUGCCGGCACCCUCUUCUGGGUCGGCUUCCGCUACAUCACGCAGAUCCUUCCAUGGACAUUCACGACGAACCCUUUGUGGAACAUUCUGUUUAUGAUUUUCUACGGUCUUACAGGAUACUUUUAUUUCACGGCCAUGCUUGCUGAUCCUGGCUACGUACCGAAGGCUUCGUCUCGUUCCCAGCAAAAAGACGUUAUCGACGAGCUCAUUGAGCUGCGCAAGUUUGACGAGCAGAACUUCUGUGUCAACUGCAUGGUCCGUCGACCCGUACGCAGCAAACACUGCAAGCGCUGCAACCGUUGCGUGGCAAAAGAAGACCAUCACUGUCCCUGGGUGGACAACUGCGUGGCCAACAACAACCACCGGCAUUUUGUGCUCUACAUUCUCUUCUUGGAGCUGGGCAUCUUGACGCUUGUGCGGCUGGUGCUGUCGUACCUGGAGAUUGUGCCGGCCCCAACAGGCGAGGUUGAAUGCAGCAUCCUCUCCCCCGAAAUCUGCAAAACGCUGCACAAAGACCCCUUCACCAUCAUCCUGGCGGGUUGGUCGUGUCUCCAGCUCGUGUGGGUGACGAUGCUCCUCGUGGUCCAGCUCCUGCAGAUCGCGCGCGCGCAAACCACCUUUGAAGCCAUGCGCAGCAACCUGCACCACGGAGCCGCAGGGCCGGACGCACUAACCUCGUUCGUAACAACGGGCAGCACGAGCGCAGCGGGCGGGCAACUCGACUCCGCAGGCGCGGGACCAACAGGGCAACCGGGCGCAGCGGGCAGCAACGGCAUGAACGGCAGCAGCGGCGGCAGCGGCGGUGGAGCGCACGCGCGCCGCCACCACCCGCACCAGGCCGGCUGCUGGGAGCAGUGGAAGCGCCUGCUGGGGCUGGACACGUUCAUCGCGACGGCGCUGCACGGCUCCAACGCCGGCGCCGUCAUGGCCGCCCGCCGCGAGAACCCGUAUACGCGCGGCUGCGUGCAGAACUGCCGCGACUUUUGGUGCGAUGCGAAUCCGGUGUUUGGAGGAAGGGAGAACGGCGAGGCGAGUCUGGGCGGCGAGCGCGUUAACUGGGUUAGGUGCUAUGAGCCGCCGCCAAGGAUGCGGCGCGUGCCUGGUGGUGGGGGUGGGGGUGGCGGCGCUUAUGAGGCUGUUGGGGGGGAGGAGGAGGUUUAG